AUGGAGAUGCAUGGCAAUACAAGCUAUUGGAUAUGUUGGAAAGGAAGUGUAAUUGUGAAGAACAUUGUUUGUGGGACACCGAAGCACGAAUAUUCUUGCUUGCCAGCUUUUUCCCACAUAGUUGAGUUAUUGAAUCUCGGUUCGUCUUAUUCUAUCAUGGUUAAGAAGAUGAAUGGAUCAUUUGUGAACUACUUUUUAGAUUUUGGAUAUUAUAUAUGGGGAUAUUCCCAUAUGAGAAAGGACACCAAAAAUCAUGUCCAUCCAAUUGCCUUUUGUGUUGUGGAUAAAGAGAAUGAUGCUUCUUGGACCUUCUUCUUCGAGAAGUUAAAGUCUAUAGUAGAAGAUGAUCCAGAUUUAUGUGUCAUCUCCGAUAUGCACAUUACCAUUGCCAAUGCCUUCUUUCGUGUUUACAAUCGUGCGCAUCAUGGACUUUGCAUGAGGCACCUUGCUGAAAAUGUUUGUGUAAAUCAACACUGUGGAGAGCAUCUUUAUCUAUUCUAUACCUCGGCAAAGGCAUAUUAUUUUAAUGAGUGUAGCGAGCAUUUUGCAAAAUUCAAGGAUAAAUAUCUCGAGAUAGCACAUAUCCUGGAAAAUGUGUUUGGUUUUGAAAAGUGGAGUAGAGCACACUUCCCGGGCAAUAGGUACAAUGUGAUGACCACAAACAUCAUUGCAUCACUCAACUCAUUGUUGACGGAUGAACGAAAGUACCCCGUGUCGUACAUAUUCAAUUCAAUUGCUAAAAAAUUUGGUGAAAAUUUCAGGGAGUGGCAUGCAUUUGUCGGUAGUUCAAACAAUAAAUUUGUGCCUUGUGCGGAAAAGAUCUUAAGGGGUAAUAAGAGCAUGAGCGAUUCCUUGUAUGUAACUAAUGCGAAUGGGGAUCUCGAUCAAUUCACCUUGUUCAGCAGUGGUGUUACUUCCAAGGUCAAUCUCUUGGAUAGAAGUUUUUUUGUAUGA